AUGGUUUGGUGCGGAAUAAGUUCUAAUGGGCCCGUUGGUCCAUAUUUUUUCAAUGAUAUCAUUACGGGUCCAUCGUACAAAGAAAUGCUGAUUUCAUGUGAACGAGCAAAACGUACAUUAUCAUCCUCAUCUCAAGCAUCAAUUGAAAUUGAUUCACUUUAUGAAGGUAUAGAUUUUUUUUCAACAUUAACACGUGCUUGUUUUGAAGAAUUAUUUGCUGAUUUAUUUCGUUCAACUCUUGAACCAGUUGAAAAAGCUUUACGUGAUGCAAAAAUGGACAAAUCAAAUAUUCAUGAAAUUGUACUUGUUGGUGGUUUAACACGUAUUCCAAAAGUACAAAAAUUACUUCAUGAUUUCUUUAAUGGUAAAGAAUUAAAUAAACCAAUUAAUCCAAAUGCAGCUGUUGCAUAUGGUGCAGCUGUACAAGCAGCUAUUUUAACUGAUGAUAAAUCAGAUGAUCUUAAAGAAGUACUUUUAAUUGAUAUUACACCACUUUCACUUGGAAUUGAAACAGCUGGUGGUGUUAUGACGACAUUAAUUAAACGUAGUACAAAUAUUCCAGCACGACACACACAAACAUUUUCAACAUAUUCACAUAAUCAAUCUGGUGUUGAUAUAAAAGUAUUUGAAGGUGAACGUGCAAUGACAAAAGAUAAUAAUUUACUUGGAAAUUUUGAACUUACGAAAAUUCCUCCAGCACCACGUGGUAUACCAAAAAUUGAAGUUACAUUUGAUAUUGAUGCAAAUGGAAUAUUAAAUGUUUCAGCUAUUGAAAAAUCAACUGGUCAAGAAAAGAAAAUAACAAUUAAAAAUGAUAAUGGUCGGUUAUCACAAGAAGAUAUUGAAAAAAUGAUUCAUGAUGCUAAAAUAUAUGAAAAAGAAGAUGAAAUUCAACGUGAACGCAUAUCAGCAAAAAAUUCACUUGAAUAA